CUUGGAGAGCAGUGAAAAUUUUACAAAGAAAUUUAAUUGUUGCAUUCUCGCUGAACUAAACAUUAUUUUACAAUGAUUAAACUUUAAUCAGAUCUUUUAGUCUAUUUAUUGGCGAAAGAUAAAUCAAAACACGGUUCCGUUUUUCAAAAAUCGGCAACAAUUUCAAGCCUAAUUUAGAGAACAAAAAAAAACUUUUUUUGAAAUGUCGCGAAUGAGUCAUUCUACCUCUUUAAAGAGCCAUAAGAUCUUUUUGUCAAGUGAUAAAUCGAGUACAUCGACUAUAGUUUCUACAACAAGUAGUGAAUUUAAUUUUGGUGCCAAUAUUAAUCAGUGGAAAAAAUAUCCCGAAGUCGAUGAAUUUGUGGGUGCAAGACGUAGCAAACACACUUGUGUUGCUUUCAAAGAUGCAAUCUACAUAUUUGGAGGAGACAAUGGAAAAAAUAUGCUGCAAGAUCUUAUUCGAUUUGACGUUAAAGACAAAUCGUGGGGUAGAGCAUUUUCUACUGGAUCACCGCCAGCUCCUCGUUAUCAUCAUUCAGCAUGUGUUUAUGAAAAAUCAAUGUUUAUUUUUGGGGGAUAUACAGGAGACAUCUUUUCGAACUCAAAUUUAACAAACAAAAAUGAUUUGUUUGAAUAUAAAUUCCAAAAUGGUCAGUGGCUUGAAAGAAAAUAUUUAGGAACAAAGUUUCCAGCAGCUAGAAGUGCUCAUGGCAGUGCUGUUUACAAUGGUUACUUAUGGAUUUAUGCUGGAUAUGAUGGAAAUGUAAGACUUAAUGACAUGUGGCGUAUUCCUUUAAAUGGAAAUGCUAUGGAAUGGGAAGAAAUUAAACAAUCUGGAGAUGUUCCACCAACAUGCUGUAAUUUUCCAGUUGCUGUCGCCAGAGGAUGUAUGUAUGUCUUUUCUGGACAGUCUGGUCUUCAAAUUACAAAUACACUUUUUGAGUUCAACUUUGAGGAACGAACUUGGAGGAAAAUUUCAUCUCAUGAAUUAAUGAGAGGAAUUACUCCAAACAGAAGAUAUGGACAUACAAUGGUUCAUCAUGAUCGUUUUCUCUAUGUUUUUGGAGGUGCUGCUGAUACAGCAUUACCGAAUGAUCUCUUCUCAUUUGAUUUAGACUCACAAGUCUGGAAUCUUGUACUUCCUGCUCCUGAUUCUCAUUGCCCAUCUGGACGCCUAUUUCAUGCUGCAGCUGUUAUUAACGACUUUAUGUGGAUAUUUGGUGGAACAAUUGAAAGUGGAGGAAUGAAUAUACGAAGUGGCGAUAUUUAUAGCUUCCAAUUUUCUUCUUACCCAAAAUGUACUUUAUCAGAUGACUUCGGGAAAUUCCUACACAACAAGCAGUUUUGUGAUAUUGUUUUUAUUGUUGGGCCAGAUGAGGUAAAAAUUCCAGCACAUAUUGCUAUGAUAACAGCUAGAUCUCAGUAUUUAAAAGACAAAAUUAUAUCAGCUAAAGAAUCUAGAAAUGUGCAUUUUGAAAAAUUAUUUGGAACAACAGACGUACCGUUUUCAGCAGAACUUCCACAGUUAGAGGUAAAACUUCCAACUGUCCAACCAGAUGCUUUCGAAAUGGUCCUUUCUUAUAUCUACACAGAUAUUAUUGACUUUAAGGAUCCAUUCAACAAGAAAAUAAUUGUUCUUAUGAUGCAAGUCUAUUUACUUUCUCAUCAAUUUGAUAUUCCACGCUUAGAGCAGCUCUGUGUCCAAUACCUCGAAUUUAAAAUUGCCAAAACUAAUGUAUUAGAAGCUUUACAUCAUUCCGAUAAGAUGAGUCUUCAAUUAAUCAAAGACUAUUGCUUAAGUUUUAUUAUUAAGGAUGAUAACUACUUUGAUGUGGUAAUGAGCAACGAAUUUUCCAUGCUUGAGAAAAGCUUGAUUGUUGAGACAGUAAGACGAAAGUUGGUUCCAAAUAAAUUGGGAUCUGAUAUGAAAUACGAUAAAUCUAUUGGAACAACAUUAGAAAAUGACAUGGCUGUAUUUUUAAAAUCGACUGGCAAAGAGUUUUGUGACAUUACCCUCGUACUUGAUACUCAUCAGAUUCCUGCUCAUAAAUCUAUACUUGCUGCACGAUGUGCUUACUUUCAAGCGAUGUUUCGAUCCUUUAAUCCAGCUGAUAACAUCGUUAAUAUACAAAUAGGAGAUGUUAAACCUAGUUUGGAAGCUUUUAAUUCUCUACUAAGAUAUAUUUAUUACGGGGAAACAAAAAUGCCAACAGAAGACAGCUUGUAUUUAUUUCAGGCACCAUGUUUUUAUGGAUUCACCAACAAUCGACUUCAAGCCUUUUGCAAACAUAAUCUUGAGAACAACAUCAAUUAUGAGAAUGUUUUGCAAAUCUUGGAAGCCUCAGACAAAAUGAAUGUUCCAGACAUAAAAAACUAUGCAUUGAGAAUGGUUGUACAUGAUUUUGCAUUAGUUGCACGAUUGCCAAAAAUGAGGCAGCUAUCUCGGGAGCUUUUACUCGAUAUCAUAAACUCAAUGGCUGAUGUAUUGGGUGAAGUUAAAUUAAAUCAAGAUUUAUUAUCAUCGAUAAGUAUACAUAGUGAUAUUUGAAGACUCGCUUUUCUUCAGCCAAUAUUAAGCAUUUUAUUUGCGUAUGUGGAUAGUGACCACAUUAAAAAUUAAACGAAAUGUCAUCAAAUGAAAAUUUACUUCUUUCAAAAAAAUUAAUUAAUCUUUUUAUUAAAACUAUGUGAUGAAAAGAACAUUUUAUCUUAUAAAUGAAAAAUCAAAAAAAUUGGAGAUUUUACGUGAACACAAAAAAAAAAUUAUGCACCAUAUAAAGACAAAAUUUACAUGCACAACAUGAUGUUUUAGAAAGAAAACUGUGAACGAAUUCAAAAGGCUAUAAUGAGGUUGAAGAAUAAAUGUAAUUUAUGUUAUAGAUGUGCAU